ACAGAACUUGCCGAAUGUCCUCGUCACGGUCUUGCAUUGUCUUCCAUGUCCCGUCGUAUUUUCCGUCUACCAUUUCUGCGUAGCGUUGUUCCCAGAUUAUCAGCGCCAUUACUGCCUGUAUUACGGCCUGGCGUCCUCCAGAAUAGCCCUCGAAUAUCUCAUUCCCGUCUUUUUUCCCAUUUUCCAGCCCGGCUCUCGUCGUCGCCUCGCCCUUUAUCAGACUUGCCUCCAAAUGCGACACUUUCCGAACGAUUGAAAUAUCUCAUCAAAUCGUACGGCUGGUAUGCGUUUGGUGUCUACCUUGUUCUCUCUGCCGUCGACUUUGGCAUCUCAUUUGCAGCCAUCAACCUUAUUGGUGCUCAACAAGUGUCCCAACUGGCGGCAUCGGCAAAGGAGGCAGUCGUCAGUCUUGUCUACUCUCGGCCGCCUGAUCCCGGUCAGGAAGACAUGGAUUCCGCCGUCAGAGGCAUCGAGCAGGGUGGAAAUGAGGGUCUCUAUGCAAUGAUUGUACUUGCAUACACCAUUCACAAAACCGUUUUCUUUCCUGUUCGUAUUGGACUCACUGCCGGCCUGACGCCCAAAUUGGUUGGUUGGCUGAGGCAAAGGGGAUGGACAGGAGGUGCUGGAACGAGAAGGGCGGCGACGGAGAUGAGGGACAAGCUGCGACGAAAUAGCCGGUCAUAGUAACAUAAAGUGAGAUUAACGUCUUUCCAUCCAUGAAUUCUGCUGCUCAUAUAUGCAUAACAGUUAUUAUUGCUACAACUCAAAAUGAUAAUGCCUCGUUUAUUCUUUCUCGACAGGUGCUUCACUGUCUGCUGGUGUUGA